AUGGAAUCACAGUCUCAAAAGCCAUACGACCAGGGAGAUGUCCCUUCCUCGAACAGUGAUAGCAGUACCAAUGCCGGGGGCUACAAUACAGACAUGAAAGGUGCGGAGGAAGGGCAAUAUGUCCGGCCUACCCACCACGAGAUGAACUGGUCCUUCGCGGCCACUGUACAUGAGUGGAAGUACGGGUCGAAGUUGAGGGUGUUGAAGUAUUACGUGGGGUAUUUUGCGCUUGGGUUGCUCAUCGGCGGCAUUAUUGGGACUAUUAUUGCGGUCGUUCGGGUCUAUGCGUUCCACGAUUAA